AUGGCCUCUCCCCGGCCCUCCAGAUCCCGACCAUCUACGCGAUCUCAAUCAUCCACACCAUCCCCGCCAUCCACGCCAUCCCAGUCAUCCGUGCAAUCCAAGUCAUCCACGCGACAGCUCGAACCUCUGUCCCCCACCGCAAACGUUCUCCUCUUCCUCAUUGCCUUCCGCCUUCUCAAUGCCUUUGUCGUCCGAACCUUCUUCCAGCCCGAUGAGUUCUUCCAGUCCUUGGAGCCGGCCUGGCAGAUCGCGUUCGGCAAUGAUCAAGGCGCCUGGCUGACGUGGGAAUGGCGACACCAACUCCGCUCCUCUCUCCAUCCUCUUUUCUUCGCCGCCCUCUACCAAGGCGCCAAUCUUCUCGCGUCAGCCCUCCGUCUCACUACCGCGACGCGCGCGGAAUUGUUGAUCGCCGCGCCCAAGGUUGCGCAAGGCGUAAUCUCGGCAAUCGGGGAUUUCUACACAUGGAAGCUUGCUCUUCGCAUCUACGGAAAAGAUUCACGUGGCGCGUGGGCAACGCUGGCCGCGACGGUCCUCAAUCCCUGGCAAUGGUUCUGCUCGACCAGGACUCUUUCCAACUGCCUUGAAACGACAAUUACCAUCGUUGCGCUAGAGCUAUGGCCAUGGCAGUGGUCGGCGGGCCCGGAGUCCGCUAAUAGCCGUGCCCAAGAUGUUAGCACUGCAAGGAGGGGUACGGACGCAGACCGAAGUAUUCUCCGCAACUUACGCCAAUGCCUGUCACUGGCUGCUGUCGCCUGUAUCCUUCGACCAACCAAUAUCUUGAUCUGGGCGACCCUGGCCAGCGUCGUUUGGUUUCGGACCUCCUGGGCACAGCGCAAGGUCCUUUUUCGCGAAGUCAUACUUUGCGGACUGUCCGUGCUGGCAGUAUCAGCUGGUGUGGACCGUCUCUUCUAUGGGUUCUGGACAUUCCCACCAGUUCGGUUCUUAUAUUUUAAUAUCGCGCAGUCACUAGCUGUGUUUUAUGGCCACAAUGACUGGCACUACUACCUCACGCAGGGUUAUCCACUUCUGCUCACAACCUUGAUAUAUUCCGCUCUCGUUGGUAUCUACCGCACCUUGACGACCCGCGAGGCCUCGGCGGUCGAUCGCGUGCAAACGUCAAUACGGGUGCAGUUGGCGACGGUGUGUCUAGUAAUGCCCUUUGCCCUUUCUUUGAUCUCGCACAAGGAAGUGCGCUUUAUCUACCCACUACUUCCAUCUCUCCACAUCUUGGCCGCUCCGCACCUGGUGCAAUCCUUCUGGUCUGUCAUAUAUCGCGAGACACUUGUUUCAGAUACGCCGCGAAGGCUCACACUGAUCUUCCUCGUGUUGGUCAACGUGGUCAUUGCGCUCUACACAACCGUAUGGCACGCAUCGGGGCCUCUCAAUGUCCUCUCCUACCUCCGCCAACGACACGAAGCCCAUGUUUCACUGCCCAAACCAGAGGGAUGGUCGACUGCAUUUACUCAAUCUAGCGCUGUUCCCGCAACGGGAAUCACGGCAGGAUUCCUCAUGCCAUGCCACAGCACACCCUGGCGCUCCCACCUAAUCUACCCUAGCAUCCACGCCUGGGCGCUCUCCUGCGAACCACCCAUUGACCUCAACGAAGCUCAAAAGGCCGUCUACCGGGACGAGGCAGACCAGUUCUACGACGACCCAAACCAAUUCCUGCGCGAAAACAUGGCCGGCGGCCUGCGCCAUCUCCCGCGCCGACCAAGCUACUCCUCCGGCGCGCAGGCCCUGUCCGGAACAGAAACCACCACCAACACACCAACCCAACACGAAUGGCCCGACUACCUUAUCUUCUUCGCCCAGCUCGAACCCACCUUGCACAAUCUACUCCGCAGCUCCUCGUACGCCGAGUGUUGGCGCACAUGGAACACCGCCUGGCACGACGACUGGCGCCGCCGCGGCGACAUCAUCGUCUGGUGCCUCGACCCAGCCGAGCAGGACGCCUGGCGCUCUGAAACCUAUCGCCGCGAGCGCGAGAGCCGCGAUCGCCAGUUCGACCGCAUCGUUGAGGCCAUCAAGAACGAGGCCAAUGGUCCCCGGAAGAAGCAUGGGUGGAAGGCAUUCAUCCCUUCGUCUUGGCCGUGGUCGUCUUCACCCUCUACCUUUGCCUCGUGGAAACGCUCGGCUCGCUCGCUGUUCGCCGGUUCUUCUUCUUCCCCCGCGUGGCCGUGGGCUCCGCGGUCGCGAUCUGCUACUUUCUGGGAGAAGUUCCAUCUCCCUGUACGCAGGGGUAAUUGGAUUCCGUCCUGGCCUGCCUGGCUGGGAGGUAAAUCUAAGAAGAGUAAGACUCCGUUGAAUCGGGAUCUGUGGUCCUGA